AUGCAGUCAGAUAUUAAGCAUGUGAAGGAUGGAAACACAUUGCAUAGUAUUGGUAAACUAGCCUUGCUAAUGGAAUGUGAGAAUGAGUCAUCCAAUCUAUUGGGUGAUACAACAAUUACGGCAUCAGGAUUACCCAGACCAUUAAACUUGUCCACAUCUGGUUUAAUGGAUUCUCCAGUGGUGUCUGCAGUGUUAGAACCCCAUGGAUUGAUUCCUAAUAACCUAUCUGAUGCAAACACUAUCAAUGUGGAGGGAACAGUCAUUCAGUUCACGAAUACCUCACAAGAAUCAAGCUGUCAAUCUGAGCAUGAAUCACAGCCUAUUUACACAAGAACUAUAUUUCACACAGCAAAUCUCUCGGAUUCUCAGAAUGAUGAUAAACCCAAUCAUGAGUUACAGCAGGCCAUGGAACAUGUAGAAUGCAAGUGGUUAAAAUGUAACCAGAAAUUUUCAAUUCUAGAAGAUUUAGUAAAUCAUGUAAAUGAUCAUCAUAUACGGCCGGAGAAAGAUGUUGAGUAUUGCUGUCGAUGGAAUGGAUGUCCCCGAAAGGGUAAAGGUUUCAACGCAAGGUACAAAAUGCUAAUACACGUACGAACACAUACCAAUGAAAAACCGCAUAGAUGCCCACAGUGUGAUAAAUGCUUCUCAAGGUUAGAAAAUUUGAAAAUCCACAACAGAUCACACACAGGAGAGAAACCAUAUGUGUGCCCUGUAGAAGGCUGCAAUAAAAGAUAUUCCAAUUCCAGUGAUCGUUUCAAACAUACAAGAACUCAUUUUGUAGAGAAACCUUAUUACUGCAAAGUUGUCGGCUGUAAUAAAAGAUACACUGAUCCUAGUUCAUUGCGGAAACACAUCAAAACACAUGGACACUAUGUAAAUCGGGAAAACAACCAACAACAACAACAACAACAGACGCAGCAACAGCAGUUGAUACAAGAAGAAGAAGAUUUGGAAGAUACACCCGCCACUGUGCCAACAGUUACGACAUCUCCACAAUUGACUACAAGCACUCUUAAUACAAUACCUGUCACACUACCUACAUCCUUAAGUUCAGCUUUACCAACAACGCUUUCCCAGAGGGAGUAACAGUAUAUCCUGUAGUUGGUACACCUGGAGGGUUUAUGAUUCUUCAAGCUUCACCAUCUCAAUUA